CGUUUUUCUACGUGCGCCACUGCGAAUUCACCCGACGAGUCACUAUUGCCCGAUUCCGACUCGCAACGCGUCCACCUUGAGAUUCCUGAACCCUCUUCCGAGGCGAAUUGUCACUGACUUAACCAUUUUGGGUGUGAAACAUUGUCCAGUCAUUGCCGAGUGGCUCUGACGGCGAACACGUUCCCUUUGAAGAUCGAGCGUACCUGCGGCUAUAAAGGCAAAGGUCGAGGAAGCAAGGUACUAGCGACCGCAAUUUCUCUGCGACUCAGUCUGAGCCCAUCGACAAGAUACGUGCGCGCCACAAUCUUGACAUGCAAGGAAAAUACCACUACCUGUGCGAGAGCGACGAUCAGUUCCUCGAAACCUUCUUUCCUGCCAAGAAUUUCGAUCCUACGAUCACGAACAAGAGUUUCGCCGAAGAUACGUUCAAGUCUGUACGAACUCUCGACGAUCACAAGCCUGGGAGCCGACCCAUCCCUCUGGAAGAUGCCAUGUAUCGGGACUUUAAAAAGUGUGCAGAGGACGUCGAUAUGAUUCCUCAGGGCUACAAAUUUGCGAUCACGGCGGACAGGCCAGGGCCUGAAGAUCCUUCCAAGCAGAAGGUGGACGUUGCAUUCUUCCACCAAAGUGAUUUCGAGGGGGAGAUCCCUGACCAUGGUCUGCCUCAUUGGUCGAAGAUGAGAAUGUUCAUUGAGUUCAAGAGGUCCAAUCUCUCUGAUCCAUUCGGUGGCCUGAAGGAAGAAGCUAUGACCGGGGUUAGGGCGUCUGUACGUGCGCAGGUGGUUUCAUACGCAGAAAACGUCUUCAAUUUCCAGCAACGCACUCGAGUCUACUCCAUUAUCAUCUUCGGCAACUAUUUGCGUAUCCUGAUGUUCGACAAAGCCGGCUGCGUCGUGAGCGCGCGCAUCUCAUACAAGAAGAAUCCCACCAUCAUCGGCCAGUUUUUACUCCGCUUCUGCGAUUCGAACAAGAGGCAACAAGGCAUUGACACGACUGCAUUGCGUAUCCCUGAAGGUUCGCUUGAAUAUGCUCUCAUGGACAAGGCUCCCGAGUCUGUCACGCUGGAAGAGGACUUUGAGUUCAUCAAACGCUCAUACAAGGAGUCAUUGGACAAGAAGUGGCCCAGAUGGAAGCUCGUUGUUGAGGGGGAUGAUUAUCUGGUCGGGAAGCCUCGCGUCAAGGCAGCAGGAGUCGUUGGCCGUGGGACGCGUAGCUAUACUGCGUACCACGUCAAAGACAAGGCAUUCUGCUGGCUUAAAGAUGCAUGGCGUGUUGAGCUUCCCGGAAUCGACAAAGAAGGUGACGUCCUGUUGGAUCUCCACCGUGCAGGUGUCGAAUUCGUGCCGACCCUACUCUGCCAUGGUGACGUCGAGGAUGAAGGCGGAGUCCAGCGUACGGUCAGCCAGGACUAUCCGAAGACGGCGAAAGAGAAGAAUGCAUCUGAAGAAACUACCUCCCAAGGUGCCAAGGCCGAUGGGCCAUCGUCUAGCAAAAGCGAUGAGCCAGCUCCAACCCAGCCGGACACCAUUAUUCCAGAUAGGAGGUUCACACACUACCGGAUGGUCGUACGCGAGGUUGGAAUGCCACUGGAAGACUUCGAGAAUUGUCGAGAGUUGGUUGAGCUCGUCGCAGAUGGCGUUGAGGCUCAUGGACAAGCUUGUAACAAGGCAGGUUACCUCCACCGCGAUGUUUCUGGUGGCAACAUGGUCAUCGUUCCUCUCAAAGCGAAGGGGGACACCGAGCGCAAGCGGCAUGGCCUUCUUAUCGAUUGGGAAUUUGCGAAGCGCCUCAAAGCCAUCGAGGAUGGUGGCGCAGUCCAGAACGACAUGCCCCGGCAGACAGAACGAACUGGUACGUGGCAGUUCCAGUCGGCGAGGAUCCUCAACAAUCCCCGUUCCCCUGUCGAGAUUCAAGAUGAACUAGAAUCGUUCUUCUACAUCAUCCUCUAUAACGGCAUUCGUUACACGACACAUAAUUGUCCGGAUGUGCCGAGUUUUCUAUAUCAAUUCUUUGACGUGGCUCCCGUCUACGACAAGCAAUACUCUUCCCCGGCCUGGAAAAAAAUGGCCAUGGCAACCGGUGUCAUCCAAGUGAAGCAAAAUGGCGAACAGCUGCGCUUCUUCCCUCGGGCGGUGGAUUCUGAUUCUCCAACGCCGUCUGCAGAUCUCAACGUGUUAUGCAUCGAGCAUCCUCUCAAUGCAACCGUCGCGGUGCUUCUAUCGUGGUUUUAUGCUUUGUACUGGCUGCGCAUCCCGGUCACCACUUCCACAGGUGUGAAAGGCGAUGAUGACAUCGAGGCUAAACGCAAGAGAUUAUUGGCUCAGCUGACACUCGAAGAUCGUACCGCGACGGCCGAGAAAUUAGCUUCGCAUCAGCCAAUGAUACGACUCCUCCGGGGACAGGCCGAGUCGGAGAAGUGGCCCAUGGUGGACAAGAUCGGCGACCUUUUGCCGAAGAAUUGGAAUCCAGAGAAGGCCGCGGCGCACGUGGAGAGUGCUUCCUACCCCAGUGGAAGUGGCCGGAAGCGUGACGGCGAUGCGAUGCAAUUGGACCCGCGACCCGAGGCUAGCAAGCGUCUGCGAAUGGAGGCGGAGACUGGAUCGGACUCUGACCGCGUCCCUGAUUCUCCUACUCCUGCUCCGCGUUACACUCUGCGCUCCUCCCUCGGUUCCAACUCCAAGGGCAAGGGCAGAGCGCGGUAAAUCAACCACCAUUCACACUGCACGUACAUCGCUCUUCGCAAUGGCCGGUGGAGACUUAGGACGGUUGCAGUCUGCUUCGAUCGAGUCUUUCAUUCCUAUCUCUGUCUGAUGCACAUGCACCAUCGAGCUACGUACAUUAACUGAACCUCCCGAUACUCAAUCGAUUGUUUGCGGAUUAUGAUAACACGGAAUCGGAACGCAUGUACACUACCAUUACUAAGCUUGUGCUCGAUGUCAUUUAGUUUAAGGUUAGCAAUUCGAAUCAUGGUACCGGCC